AUGGCCACUAGUCAUAUUAGGUUUGAUAGUCAUCAAGGUUUCAAAGACGUUGGAUUCCGCAAAUGGAGGGAACUCCAUACAGCUUGUCUCACAAACGACUGCGUCAAGGUCAGAUUCCUCCUCGAUGAAGGUGAGAACAUCCACGUCAGAAGCAGAUUAAGACUAACCCCACUCCACGCAGCUUGCAUAAGAGGCAACAUGGACGUCAUAGAGUUACUUCUCCAAAGAGGCGCCGACCCCAACGCCCUCGACGCACAUUGCAACACUCCCUUGCAUGUGCUUUGCAUGAAGGACUACCCCCAGGUCGUCAAAUUCUUGAUCACGAAGGGCGCCCAAGUAAACGCCAUGACCUUGGACGGCCACUCACCACUUUAUUACGCCUGUCAAAAGGGCAACUACUAUACCGUCCAGGUUCUCACUCUGCAUGGGGCUUCUCUAAACAUCAGAAUUGAAAAUGGGCAGACACCUCUGCACAAAGCCUGCGAAAACAAAAUGUCAAAGGUGGUGAAUACAAUGCUGACGAUGAAUCCCUUGGUCAACGUGGAGGAUUAUUCCCGGAGGACUGCGCUCCACAUAGCGUGUGAGAAGGGGUCCGGGAGGAUUGCUAGGGCGCUAAUAAUAAAAGCUGGGGCUGAGGUUAAUGGCAGAGACUUGAACGGGGAGACGCCUCUGCAUUUGGCGUGUCGGAGAAAACGACUGGAGUGUGCUACGAUCUUGCUAGAAUGUGGAACCGUCGAUCCCAAAACGACUGAUAUUUCAGGCAAUACAGCCUUGCAUUUGGCUUGUCGACAGGGACUUUGUGCGAUUGUCCGACUUUUGCUGGAGAUGGACGUCGAUGUGAAUGCCAAAGACGGUGAAGGGUGGACACCUUUGCACCUAGCCUGUAUGCAAAACCAGCUCGAAAUCGUACGUCUUUUGGAGGCAAGGGGAGCUUCCGUACACGAUGUUAAUUUCACUGGGCAAACCUCUCUUCAUGCUGCUUGUAUGGGAAGCGGCGUUGACAUAAUAACAUUUUUGAUACAGAAAGGGGUUUUUGUGGAUAGUAGAGACGAUGAAGGCAAGACUCCACUACACUUCUGCGCAAGCGUAAGUCACUACGAAGGGGUGAAACGGUUGAUAGAGUUUGGUGCCCAAGUGAACGCUACAGACUGCUUUAACAACACACCGCUAAAUAACCUCUCCCGGAAUCUGCCAAUAUUAACUCUGCUUAUUGAUAGUGGAGCAUUGUUGGAUGUUUUUGGGACGUUGGGCAAGACACCCUUGCAUCUAGCCUGUGAAGAUGGGUUCUACGAGGGUGUGAAACUUUUGGUCGAACGUGGUGCAAAUAUAUACGUGGUGGACGCAAACGGACUAACACCUCUACAGGUGUCAAAGAACGUGCUAUUCCGCCGACAUUUAAUGAAACGACACAAAUUAGAAACUGAAGAAUUUUUGUGUUGUGGCAUGAUUAGACGAUCUGGGUUAUAUCCUUCCGCCGUGAAGGAAGUCAAAGACAAAGAGGUAAUGAGUAGUAAAGGGACAGAAAGAAAGAAAAGGGAUAGAGAAGUAGAGUCGCCGAAAGAGAACGAGCAGGUCUUCCAAAGAAGCAAAAUAACAGUAAGAUCACCCCUGCAAUCGAGAGAGAAGGAAAAUCAAGAAGAUAUAGAGAUGGAGGAGGUCAAGAAGAUGAUCAGCGAACUUGCGACACAAAUUAGAGAUGAUAUAAGAGAUAGCAACAAACAAUUAUUGAACGAAUGGAAUACACAGCUUAAAGAGGAGCUUAAAACAAUAAGAGAAGAAUUAAAGCAAACAAGAGAUCAACUACAGGGGCAAAAUCAAGAAAUUAGAGAUAAGUAUGAAGAAUGGAAGAGAGCUAAGGAAGAAAUGGGAAAGAGAGUGGGUGAAGUAGAAAGUCAACUAGAUCGAAUGGAGAGGGAAAAGAGAAGAAAUAAAGUAGUGAUGAUGGGAUUGGACAUAGAAACAGGAGAGCAGAAGCAGAUAAUUGGAAAAGUGACAAAAUUUUUAGAAGAGAAAGUCAAAGGAAAAAAAAGUGAUGUGAAGAACUAUCGAGGGAUUACCUUGCUCAAUACGGCGUACAAGAUAUAUGCAAUGAUACUCGAUGAGAGGUUACGAAAGGAGAUGGAAGCAAGGGGUAUGUUACCAGAUGGUCAGGCAGGGUUUAGGAAAGGAAGAUGUACUAUAGACAAUGUGUACAUCCUGCGGCAUUUAGUGGGAAGAGAAAUAAGGAAAGAAGGUGGACGAAUUACUUAG